CCUCUUAUCUCUUUCCUGACCACGACAAACCGUCUCAUUGAAAAAUACAAUGGCAGAGUUGCAGACAGUAGUGCAGGUGCUUGAACGCUCUCUUGAUCCACGCAGCGCAAAAGAAGCUGGAGGUGUGUUGAAGGGCAUGGAAACCGAGAUUGGGUUUCCUAUUACGUUGUUACACGUAGUAGCCAGCGACAACACACCUUUGGCAAUCCGCUUAGCAGGUGCGUUGUACUUCAAGAACCUUGUGAAGCGGAAGUGGAUCGAUGAAAAUGGACAGUACCAGAUCUCUAAGCAGGAUAUCGACAUGAUCAAAGCUGAGAUUGUCCAACUAAUGAUCGUGUUGCCAGAUUCGCUACAGAUUCAAAUCGGAGAAGCCAUCAGCUUGAUUGCAGAGAGUGAGUUCCCGAAUCUCUGGGGGAACUUGAUUGAUGAGUUGGUGUCGAAACUUACCUUGGAAGACCUUGUUGUGAACAAGGGUGUUUUGAAAGUUGCACACUCGAUUUUCAAGAGAUGGAGACCCUUGUUCAGAUCGGACGAGCUCUUCUUAGAGAUCAAGAUGGUUUUAGAUAAGUUUGUCAUCCCAUUCAUGGAAAUGUUGAAAAGUAUUGACUUUCUUAUUGACCAAAACUUACAAGAUGGUGCAAAAUUGAAAUUAUUGUUUGAAAACUUACUACUUAUGGUGAAAAUCUACUACGAUUUGAACUGUCAGGAUAUCCCUGAAUUUUUUGAAGACCAUAUUAGCGAAGGUAUGACGAUACUUUUAAAAUAUUUGAAGUUCCACAGUAGCUUGUUAGAAGACAGUGACGAGGAUGACGAAAUGGAUUUAGUAAUCUUGGUUAAAGUUAACAUUUGUGAUCUUAUUCAGUUAUAUACCACAAGAUAUGAAGAAGAAUUCAAGAAAUAUAUUGAGCUUUCAAUUCAGAUCAUUUGGGAUUUGUUGAACAACAUCUCAAUCCAAAAGAAAAAUGAUAUAUUAGUCUCAAAAGCAUUGCAAUAUAUGACCUGCGUUGUCAAUCUUUCCAACUACAAUGCCUUGUUCAGCAAUGAGGACGCUGUCAACCAAAUCACAGAAAAGAUAAUUUUGCCUAAUAUCACAUUGAGAGACAGCGACUUAGAAAUUUUUGAAGAUGACCCUAUUGAAUAUACCAGAAGAGACUUAGAAGGCUCCGAUGUUGACAGUCGUAGAAGAUCUGCCACGGAGUUUUUGCGUUCUCUCAAAGAAAAUAAUGAAAAUCUAGUCACUGCUAUUAUGAUGGAAUAUAUCAACCACUAUUUGAAAAGUUAUUCCGAAGACCCAAGUGGCAACUGGAAACUAAAGGAUAUAGCCAUCUACUUAUUCUGUGCAAUAGCAUCCAAAGGAUCGAUUACCAACUCCGGAAUAACAAGUACCAAUCUUUUAGUUGAUGUAAUCAAAUUUUUUACCGAGUUUAUCUACCCAGAUUUAGUUGGACAAGUUGCAAAUCCUAUUUUGAAGGUGGAUUCCAUUAAAUAUAUAUACAUUUUCAGAAACCAGCUAACAAAGGAACAGUUGAUUGAGACAUUACCAUUAUUGACGAGUAAUUUCAACGAUGGUAACUACGUUGUUUAUACCUACACUUCGGUCACGAUCGAAAAAAUACUCUCUUUAAGAAAUCCAUCCAACCAUCAAGAAAUGCUCUUUAGCAAAAAUGAUUUGAGUGUUGCUGUUCUGAAUGAUUUGUUGAUGAACCUUUUCAAACUUAUUUUCAAGAUGGGCACUACUCCUGAGAAAUUAUCGGAAAAUGAAUUUUUAAUGAAGUGUAUCAUGAGAAUUUUGCUGAUCAGUGAAGAUUCUCUUACAUCUACCGUUGUCCAAGUUUUACAAGAAUUAACCAAGAUUGUCGAGACCAUAUCCAAAAACCCAUCCAAUCCUAAAUUUUCACAUUACACUUUCGAGUCAAUCUGUAUAAUCAUGAAAUUCUACAAAAGCGGUAUCAAAGACUUUUAUGCUUUAUUGAAAAAUACUUUAUUUGGUAUAUUGGGCCAAGAUAUUCAAGAAUUUAUCCCAUACUCUUUCCAAAUUUUAGCCUUUGUCCUAGAAAAUUAUCCGACUAACGAAGAGCUACCUGCAGAAUACCAACAAUUGAUCAAGCCACUAUGCUCCCCUCAAGUCUGGGAGUUUAAGGGAAACAUUCCUGCUGUGAAGAGAUUGUUGAGCGCUAUCAUCACAUUCACACCAUCCAUGUUUAACAAUGCCGAGAAUAUAACGCCGAUUUUAGGUAUCUAUCAAAAACUCAUUUCAUCCAAAAGUAAUGAUAUACUAGGAUUUGAGUUUUUGGAAAGUAUAAUGAUCAACAUUGACAUUACCAACUUACAACCUUUCUUAAGCGAGAUAUUUAUCAUCCUUUUGACGAGGUUAAAAAACUUCAAGACUGAGAAAUUUGUCAAGAGAUUCAUUAUAUUUCUAAGUAAAUUAUCAAGUUUGGAGUUGAAUGUGGAGGUGAACAAGAACAAGUGGACUUCAACCGUUGUUGUAAAAAUAUUUGAGAGUAUUCAACCUGGCUUGUUUGAACAAAUUUUGAACAGUUUCAUUUUACCACAUAUCACUAAAUUCAGUAACCUGACGGAUAAGAAGAUUCUAGUGGUUGGGUUAAUCAACCUAAUUGCUGAAAACUACAAAGUGAUUAGUGAAGUGGAAAUUUUGAAACUUUUGAGCGAACUCUUAAAGCUGCUGAACAGCGAAUCCAUCAAGAAUUACAAGACGGUUGACGAAAAUGUCGAGCUAAUGACGGAGUUGGAUAAUGAAGAGUACACUUUUGGUUCUAGUUUCAACCGAUUGAACAUCAUUCAGCUCAAACCUUUUGAUCCUGUCAGCAACAGUAUUAAAGAUAAGGCUAUGUUAAUUGAAUUUUUCAAAUUGAAACUUCAGUCUAUUGAUAGCCAAUAUCUAUAUGCGAUUAUGCAGCAACUCGACGCAGAAUCCAAGGUCAUUGUUUCUUCUUUGGGUAUGUAGUAUUGGUUAAUUUGACAGAUGUGUAAUAUUUUAGUGUAGAGCAAAUCUCUUAAGUAUAUAAUGAAGUAGAUUUAUCCCUAUUAAUAUCACAACCUUUGAAGUGUCUUGUGAGCUCAUGGUG